AUGACGGCCACGCCAGAGAUGGCGGAGUACUGCCUCCGCGUCAUUGGGCAGCAGAUCAGUGACCCCGACGCUCCAUCGGUGCCGCUGCCGGUCAUCCCGAAGGAAGAUUCGGCGUGCUUCGUGACACUCACGACAUUGCCACAUGACCGACUGCGCGGCUGCAUUGGAUCUCUGCGGCCAGGGGACCUCAAGAAAGACAUGCGCCGACUCGCAAUCGCCGCCGCCUUCCAGGACUCGCGGUUCCCGAAGGUGAAGGAGGAAGAGCUGCCGACGCUUCGAUGUUGCUUCAGCCUGUUGCACACGUUUGAGCCUUGUUCUGCCUGGAAUGACUGGGAAAUCGGUAAGCACGGCCUCAUCGCCGAGUACGGCGACUACAGCGCCACAUACUUGCCUUCGGUAGCGGAGGAGCAAGGCUGGAACCAUCGAGAAACCCUCGUAAGCCUGAUGGAGAAGGCGGGUUUUGAGGGGGCAGUGACGGACCAGAUGCUGAAGAAACUACGCAUUACCCGAUAUCAGGUCAGUAAAGCCUUCAAGGACUACAAGGACAUCGUCACGCUUUGA